UGUGCUUCAUGUGGUAAAUUGAAAUCUAAGUUUGUAAAACAAGGCGGUUAAUUAUGGGUAAAAAAAAUGUUUGUCCUUUUCCAUACCUUAGGAACCAACUUUUAAUUAGUUGCAGCCUAUAAAUCAAUAUGUUAUUAUCGUUCCGUAUCACGUGGACAGUUUUUCCGCUAAUAGUCUAAAGAUCAAUAGUGAAACGUCAUCCAAUGUCCAGAACAUUCGCCUAGUGUAAAAAUCAGUAGGUGAUAAAUGCGUUGUCAUUAUUUCAUCAGCCAGGAAUACAGAGUGAUUAGACAGAAUGGCUGAACAAUUUGCGAUAGAGAUCUUCAAAUAUAUAAAAAAUCUGGAGGAAUUUCUUUCUCGUAAAACGGAGAACGGAGAAGUAAUUACGCAGGAUGAAUACAAUAAAAUGUGUAUUUAUAAAAACACAAUUGGGUACAUUUCUAACAUUCAUAAUUUUAUGAAAGAUCAUCAUCAAAAAACAGUUACAGAAGAUGAAAUGGAUUCGUUGAAUAAUAAACAAAAAGACUUUAUCAGUACAGAGGAAUUCAAAAAUCUUAACGAUUUGGGAUUGAAGUCAUUGCAGCAGGUUCCAGAUGUGCAACAAAAUAAUAACACAACAGCAAACAAAUCAUACAAUCAAGUUAAAAAUGAGGUACAAAAAUCAUAUUCAAAAGAUCGGAACUUAGCUGGAGAGGUUACUUUGGAGCUUGAAAACACCGACAGCUGUUUUAAAACUUUAAAAACACUAGACAGGCAUACGCAGAGUGCUGGAAGAACAAAGUUGUUAUAUAACAUUCAAAAAGGAGAAGUUUUAAAAAAAAUCAAGGAUUUUGAAAAAGGUGGAUUUUUUAAUAAAAUUAAAGAAAAUGGUAUACCAUAUAAAAUUUCACACUGUAACUUUUUAAUUAAAUUGUACAAGUUUUCACUCAAUCAUUCUGAUAUAAUUCAUUGUUCAUUGUCAUUGCAUUUUCUACAAAAGCAUUGGAGUGUUAUUCCACGGAUAUUUGAUGAAUUGAAAUGGUAAUUGAAUAUCCGUGGAAUAAGAGUCGCAAAGCGACGAGUGUCGGCAGACUGAUUUUACCAUUCGCUGUGUUGAAUAUUGGAAAACUUUUGUAGAGUCAAUGAAGCGCAAAGCGACGAGUGUCGGCAGACUGAUUUUACCAUUCGCUGUGUUGAAUAUUGGAAAGUAAGGGGAAGGCUCUUGUAUUGGAAAACUUUUGUAGAGUCAAUGAAGCGCAAAGCGACGAGUGUCGGCACACGCUUUUGCUAUUUUUAAACAUUAGUGAAAUAGUUUAUUAUUGUUUGUUCAUUUUCUUUUUGAUUAUUGAUGUUUAAAUGUUUGUAUAAUAUAUCAUAUAAAGACACUUUCUGUUGUAAUAAAUGUAUGAAAUAUAAACAAUAAUAACCACACAACACA